CCAGGGCCCCUAUGGCCAGCCGCCCUACGCCCAGCCCCAGCCCAUGGUCCCUGGAGACCAGGACUCCCCCCUGCACAGCACCUACCACGAGGAUGGGCCCCCCUCCUACUAUGACAACCAGGACUUCCCGUCGGCGCACUGGGACGACAAGAGCAUCCGGCAGGCCUUCAUCCGCAAGGUGUUCCUGGUGCUCACGCUGCAGCUGACCGUCACCUUCGCCUUCGUGACCGUCUUCACCUUCGUCAAAGGCGUGCGGGGCUUCGUGCAGCGCAACGUGUGGACGUACUACGUGUCCUACGCCGUGUUCUUCAUCUCCCUCAUCGUCCUCAGCUGCUGUGGCGACUUCCGCCGCAAGCACCCCUGGAACCUCGUGUCCCUGUCCAUCCUGACUGUCAGCCUGUCCUACAUGGUGGGGAUGAUAGCCAGCUUCUAUGACACUGAGGCUGUCAUCAUGGCUGUCGGCAUCACCGUCGUCGUCUGCUUCACCGUGGUCAUCUUCUCCCUGCAGACCAAGUACGACUUCACCUCGUGCCGGGGCGUCCUCAUCAUCUGCCUCGUCGUGCUCGUCCUCUUCUCCAUCCUGUGCAUCUUCAUCCGGAACCGCAUCGUGGACAUCGUCUACGCCUCGCUGGGGGCCCUGCUCUUCACCUGCUUCCUGGCGGUGGACACGCAGCUGAUCCUGGGGAACAAGCAGCUGGCGCUGAGCCCCGAGGAGUACAUCUUCGCCGCGCUCAACCUCUACACCGACAUCAUCAACAUCUUCCUCUACAUCCUCGCCAUCAUCGGCAGGGCCAAGGAGUAGCCCCCGCCUCCCCGGCCCCGCGGCCCCGCCCCGCUCGGGAUCCCCUCCCCGUAGCCGGUUUUGUUGCCGUUCUCAUCGCGGUUCCUCCCCGCGGGGGCUCGCCCGGCCCCCUGCUCCUCCCCGCUGUGAAUACGAUUUCCCCCCUCCCUUUGCGUUGAACGCGGACUGGAAGCACUUUGGAACCCCCUGUGUCCUGUCCUGUCCCCACCACGCUGUCCCCUCCCUGUCACCCUUGUCACUACGCCAGCUGCACGGGCAGGGGCAGUGCCAGCAGCACUGCAGACCCUCUGAGCCACUGUCCCUGCCUGUCCCCACCCCGAGCCACGGUCCCUGCCUGUGGCACCUCCAGACAUCCCCGAGGCACCGUCCCCACGUGGGUGUACCACCAGAACCCCUCGAGCCACUGUCCCUGUCUGUCCCCAGACCCCCUGAGCCUGUGGCACCCUCAGACCCUCCUGCUCUGAGCCACUGUCCUCAUGUGGAGACACUCCCGACCCCCUGAGCCACCAGCCCUGCCCAUUGCCACCUGCCUGUCCCCACCCCCGAGCCACAGCCCCUGUCUGUGGCACCCCCAGACCCCCCCUGCCCUCCCCGCGUGGCCGAGGCCCCAUCCUGGUCCUGCUGUUAAUAAAUUGUCUUGUUCAUCUCCCA